AUAAACGUUAAAAUGUUUUCGACUGACAGUGACAGCUCUGUAUUCACAAAUCAAAUUCUAUAAAUUAUUAAUAAAUACUUAUAUAAAAUAAGUAAAAGUUAAAAAGUCUUGGUUUCUGUAAUUGAAACAUUGUAAAAUGCCAUCAUUAGUUUAACGUGUUUAACUUUUAGUCACGGAAAAUCUUCGAGUUCACAAAAGCGAUAUGUUGAUAUUGCAUUCAUCAUGAAUAUUUAAUUGGAGCUGUUUCACCUAUUCGGGAUUGUAGAUCACUAUCAAAGCUUCAGUAAAGUGUAUUCGGACCAAAUUCUUCAAUACGUUGCCAUGGAUAGAUCUAAAGAUUACGACGAUACUUCUGACUACAAUGAGUUGUUUCUUGCAGUACACAAUGGAGAAUUGAGUCGAGUUCAUUCUCUGCUCGAGAAAUAUUCGGCGACAGAAACGAUACGCGGCAGGACAUUGUUGCAUGUGGCGACUGCAAGAGGACAUGCAGAAAUAGCAAAGACACUUUUGGGUAAUGGUGCCACUAUUGCGGUAGAAGAUAUAAAGGGCAAUACACCGCUUGAUGUUUCAUUGGCGAAAGGAAACGUUCAAAUGGCUGAAAUUCUUUUUCAACAUGGUGCUGUUUUAAGUGACAACGAUUUAACUAAUAUGAAACCUCUUCGUAACGCAGUUGGAAGAGGAAAUUUUGAAAUGGUAAAGCUGCUCAUGGCGAACGGAUGUAACAUAGUCGAUAUUCCAAAUAAUGGUGACUUUUUUCCCAAAUCUUCUCUUAGACUUGCAGUAACAUUUGGUCGUUUGGACAUUCUAGAAUAUCUCAUGAAGAAUGGAGUAAAAAACAGCAAAACAGUUGAGAAAGAUAAAGUAGACUUAUUUAUAACAGUUAUUUUGGAAGGCAGUUUGGAUACUUUAAACUUUUUAGUCGAUAUUGGUAUUAAAGUACAGGAUUUAGAUGAUGUAUUUAAUAGUACAUUUUAUUUGAGUCGUUAUGACAUGUGGAAAUAUUUAGUAACAAGGUUGUCGAAAAUUAAUGCAAAUACGUAUUUUAAAGAAAAGCAGCUUCAUUUGGCUAUUCGAAUGGGCCAAUUAGAAACUGUCAAGGCAAUUGUAAAUGAACCAUCAAACGAAUAUGAAUCGAACACUUUCGCCAGAAAAUUAGCCGUUUACAUUGCCGUUGAAAGUGGCAGUGAAGAAAUAUUAGAGAUUCUUCUAAACGCUGGUUAUCCUGCUGACAGUUUAUUUAAAUGUAUAAGUCCUCUUCACGUUGCAGCAACAUUCGAGCACCCGAGACUAGUGAAACUGCUAUUGGAAGCUGGAGCUGAUGUUAAUUUACAAACUGAAGAUUGGGACCGAACACCAUUACAUUUUGCAGCAACUGCAGCGCAGCCAGCUGUAGUUAGAUUUCUUCUAAAUCAUGGUGCUGAUCCCUCUAUAACCUCUAAACGCUGUGAUUCACCGUUAAAAACGGCUUUGAAGAUUCAUUCAGGUAUAAUUCAUAUAUUAAUACCUGUUACUCCUUCAGUGUUUGAUGGAUUGGUAAAAGUGACGGAUAUGUUAAUUCAGUAUUUGAAUAGUAAAGCCACUGAGGAUUUAUUUCACUAUGCAGUUAAAAUGAGAGUUUUAUCAAGUAUCAGUAAUUCAAAACCAAAGUCAGAAAGACUAACAUCUGCUGUAAGUAAUUCUGUAUUUCGUCCUGAAAUUGUUAGAUGCAUAUUUAAUUAUCUAAGUGAAGAGGAAGUUAAAGAUUUUUCUGAGUCAUUUUUAUUUGAAAAAAGUGAUUUAUCUGAUUACCCACCAGAGUUGUUUAAACUUUUUGUGGAAUAUAAUAUUGAUUUGAAAUCGUGUUUUGAUAUAGAAUUAUACACUAGCAUUAAAAAUAUCAAGCACCAAUUGCUCUUAAUUGGUUACUCAAAAAACGUUCCUAAUCUUUUAGGCACAAUUUCAGAAAUUAUUAAUGAUUACGAUGAAGAUUACUACAAUGACUUAGAGAAAAAGAAUAUAAUAGAAAUAUUAAAAUUAUUAUUUUGUCGUUUAGUAUUGUUAAUUACAAAGUAUGAUCGAAUUGAGCUUGAGGAAUGUGAUUUAAUUGAUGUUAUUGAUUGGGUAGAGAAGUGUUUAAAGGAGAAAAGGGUCAUGCAGAGGACGAAAGUAAAUAAAAAUUUAAAUUUCACUUUCUUAGAUGUUUUAACGAAAUCAAUGGAUAAAGUUGUAGGGUACUCAAACAACGAAGAUUUUCUCACUGCAAUAAAAUCUUCACAAAUGAAAUUUCCGAUAUAUGCUGAUUUUUUGAAGGCAAAUGUCGAAAUAGCAGAAAGAAGAAGAAAUUGCAUCGAUGAGAGCACGACGUUAAUGUAUUGUAUGGUUAAGAAAUGUUACAAAAUUCAAAUUUCUACUUCUGAUAUUCGUCACAUGUUCAAGUAUCUCUCUAUUGUAGAUUUGCAAAGAUUUUCAGCCGCUUGUUCCUAAAAUGUAAUUUCAUGCCAAAUAACGCGAAAAUCAGUUUUGUUGAAUAAUAAUUUAGGAUGUAUUUUCGGUCUAUGUACGAUGAAGAAAUUUUCAUUUAAGGAUUCCUUCUCAUCAAUGUUAUAGAAUAUGGUUUAAAUUUUAUAAAUAAUUAUUAAUAUAACAUUAAUUUUAGAGUUUAAAUUUAUAGACGUAUAUUGAGAUUACACGGUAAACUAAGCUUUACGCUUUAAAUCAUUGUUUUGUACGUCGACACAUAUAAACAUUAACAAAUUAUACGCUUAUUAAAAGUUUGUUUAAAAUAUUUUAAGUGAUGUGACAUUAAAUAAAAUAUAAGCUUUUAUUAUUUUUAACCGCCUCAGUGAGGCUUUUAUUCUCACAGAGAAUACAUGAGUUUAUAAUAUACAUUUCAUAAAAAAAUCUGAAUAACCUUAAAAUUGUUUUUAGAUUUGAAUUAUUUAAUCUAUUUGUCAGUAAUUCCUCUUUUCCCGUAAUUUCAAAUAGCUUUUAAUUUUUAAUAUUAUGUUUUAAUUAAUUUGUAUGUUUAUAAUCUCUAUAUGCGAUAAAGGUGCUUUUUAUACAUACCAGAAAAUCAAAUCAAAUUGAUGAGAGUGAAAAGAACAACAAUAUCUACCUAUCUCUUUUCCACUCAUGAUUUUCUGCUUUCGGUGGACUUAUUCUGCUUACAUGGAAUCGCACCCUAAGGGGGUCCAAGGACCCUAUUAUUCUUUAUAAAUUUAAGUGUACAACAAUUAAAUUUAUUUGUGGUUCAACAUAGAAUGUUUUUGUAAAACACAACAUUUUCUCUUGUGUAAAACAGCAAAGUUUGGAUUUAUUUACGAGGGACAAAUUAAAGCACCAUUCAGUACAUUAUCCUCUAUUGAAAACAAAGACUAUUUUAUAAUUUUUCAAUCGAAGGGAAACGAAGUACUUGAAAAAUCUUGUGAUACAGCUACUGGCGAAAUCACCGAGGAAAAUAUUGGUACAACUACAACUGAAAUUCUUGUUGAAAGAAACAGAAACAAAGAACAAAAAGCCGUAGAUCGUGUGACAAUUUCUCCAUCGUCAUCAUCGAAACGUUCGUUUGCAACUAUUUCCGAACCUGAA